AUGGCGCAGCGGGAAAACUGCUCGUCCAUGAAGCUGACAUCGCGGGUUCGACUUCCAACUGCAUGCGUUUCGAGUGAAUUACGUUUUCAGGAAAGCGGUUCAGUGGAAGCGAUGUUGGAACCGGCCCCAUACAGUGAUGAUCCGGAAGUAAUUGCAGCACGUGAAAGCAUUGAUUAUUCGAAGAAAAUUACCACUGAAAUAGCAAAAAAUGGCCAAGGUGCCUGA